AUGGAUCCCUCCGUGGGCCUCCGGAGUCUCCUGGACAACACCUGGGUCCGGUUCUUGUUGAGUAAGGCCCCUCUAGGGUUCCUCACCUAUACAUCGCUCGUGGCAACCUAUCGAGCCCGGAGCGAUCCAUGGACGGCGGCCUUUGUUGUGUCUGCCUAUGCGAUCCUGAUGCUGUUCUUUUGGUGCGUGGGAUCCUACGAGGCGGCGCCGCCGGAAAGAAGGGGACGCCUGAGGAUCAUCAUAUUUGUCCUUUCGACCAUCCUCAUAAUAUUAUUUCCAUUCAAACUCUCAUCGACGAUGUCGUUCGCUUUCGCCGCCGUGAUCUGGUCUCUGGGAGGGAUCACCAUAGCGAUCAUCUUCUACCUCUUCUUCAUCGAUGGAAACCCCUGA